CCGCUUAAAGAGGGAAGAAAUGGUGACAACUUGUGCCGAACAUUCGAUCAUAAAGGAAUGUAAAUUUGUUAGCCCAUCUUAAUCACUCCGUAAUCCAUUAUUCACUCUCAAAUCAUUUAGAAUGUUUUAGUGGCAUCAUGCUUGUUUUUCUAUAGAAGUGAAUCACUUCUCUUUUUUCUGCUUUGUUAUGUUGCAAGUUAAAAUGUUCCUAUUAUGAAUCUAGUUAUUUGACCUACCUAGUUUCAGAUUAACGCUUAGUUGUGUUGUAUUAUGUGCAACUGUUACUAUUUGUUGAUGAACCAUUUGUUCAUUUAUUGAACCCCCAAAGUUUCAUUCUUUACGAGAACUGCUUUGCUCCUUUCAUGGUCUACAUGACUGUCAAAUUGUUUGCUGCUACUUGUCUGUUGGAUGUGGACAGAGCCAGAAGAUGAAGAUAUUCGAAGAACAUUAACAGCUGACAACGUGCAUGUCGACAUUAAACCUAAGGAUGGUAAACCAAAACCUAAUCCUGCAAAGCUUGUAGCUAACAACAGCAUAGGAGAAAUUUCAGAGGCACAGCAAACAAUUCAGACAUUGGAUAAAACAAUUUCAGAUUUGGAGAACAAGCUAGCGACUGUUAGGGCAGAACGAGAGUCUAUGUUGAAUGGCUUACCCUUACUAGAAGGCUCAAAUGGUGCUAAUGCAAAGAAAAAAUACUUCAUGGUUAUAGGAAUAAAUACAGCUUUUAGUAGCCGGAAGCGAAGAGAUUCUGUUCGUGAAACUUGGAUGCCACAAGGUGAGAAACUCAAAAAUUUGGAAGAAGAAAAGGGGAUAGUCAUACGUUUCGUUAUUGGUCAUAGUCUAUCAGGAGGUGGUCUUCUUGACAGAGUCAUUGAUGCAGAGGAGAAAUUGCAUGGCGACUUCUUAAGGCUGGACCAUGCUGAGGGUUACCUGGAAUUGUCAGCCAAGACGAAAACUUAUUUUUCUACAGCUGUUUCCUUGUGGGAUGCAGAAUUUUACGUCAAAGUUGAUGAUGAUGUUCAUGUAAAUUUAGCCACACUUGGAAUGACAUUGGCUGGACAUCGCAACAAGGCCCGAGUUUAUGUUGGUUGCAUGAAGUCUGGCCCUGUCCUUUCUCGCAAGGGAGUGAAAUACCAUGAACCGGAGUUCUGGAAAUUUGGUGAGAUGGGCAACAGGUACUUCCGCCAUGCUACUGGACAAAUAUACGCUAUCUCCAAGGAUUUGGCCACUUACGUAUUGGUAAACCAGAACCUGCUGCACAAAUAUGCCAAUGAAGAUGUUUCACUAGGAUCUUGGUUUAUCGGUUUAAAUGUGGAGCACAUUGAUGACAGGCAAAUGUGUUGUGGUACACCACCUGAUUGCGAGUGGAAAGCUAACACCGGCAAUGUCUGCAUUGCAUCGUUUGACUGGAAAUGUAGUGGGAUUUGCCGGUCUGUCGAGAGAAUUAUUGAUGUUCACGAAAGAUGUGGUGAGAACAAGGAUGCUUUAUGGAGUGCAAGUUUCUAGGAUGCUCUUUAUGUACUUUCUAAACUCGGAAAGAGUUAACAUUCGGCAUAUAGAUCACGAAAGAACACUGAGUUUUUUGGGCGUAUAGGGAAUCAUAAUAUAUAUACGAUGAUAAUACAGAAUUAUGGUGCAAGAGAAGUUAGAAAGGAGGUCUUUUGCUUUGGAAAA